AUGGUGUCUGCAUUGAAAGCAAUUUUCAAUAACGUUAUGAUAAGGGGUUGUUGGUUCCAUAGCUCUCAAGCUCUGUGGAGAAAAGUUGGAGAAUUUGGAAUGAUAGAAAUAUGUACCGGGCAUCGAAAUGCAUAUGACAUCGUACAUAUGCUAAUGGCAUUACCACUUUUGCCUGUGGAUAAGGUGAUGGAAGGCUUUCUUUCUAUAAGACAAUCUUACACAGAAAAUGUUGAAAAUAGUUUGCCAGUAGAAAGCUGUAGAAUAUUCCAAAGAUAUUUCCAGUACUCCAAGGUUUGUUAA